UUGUUUUAGAAAGUAAUGUCUGGCAUGAGAACAUGUCUCCAUUUUUAUUGCUGCUGUCAGUUUGGAGUAUUCUCUUUAUUUCCGUUACUUUCGGAUACUCGUUUCAAUUUGGGCAAUUGCAUCCUUCAGCAGUGCCCAUUGCUGAAGUUGACAUUGCUUGGAACUGUUCUUUAUUUAACUAUAUGUAUGCCGAAGCAUCACCAAUCGAGGAUGAAAUGAAAUUUAGAGUAAACCAGAUAUUAGUUAUUGAUGACAGUCAAUUGGAUUCGAAAGUAAACGCAACGAUUAUCCAUGGUGGUUUUGGUUUCAAUUAUACAAUAUUAGGCCUGAGCUGCUUUCAAUCGGAUAAAACUCAACCAAGAAAUGCCAAGGUAACUGUUCUCAUCUAUGGCCUGCUCAUCGAAUAGAAGGAUUCAAAACAUGUCUACCGAAAAAUGUAUUAAAACAAUAAUAUCAUGAACCGCUUUAGUUUGAAUCGGAAUGAAGAUUUGGAAGAGCGUUGGCAAAAAACACUUUUUAUAUUGAAGUUGAUUUCGAAGAUUAAUUUGUAAUGUUUUUCUCUGUCAAUCCAUAAGAGUCAAUGAGGUUAUUGAGAUCAAAUUUGCAGAGCUUAAAGUUAAGAUAAAACAGUGAUAACU